CGAUCGAGCUAGCUACUUCCUGAAAUGCGUCGGUCAAGCACUAAUUAGAUAGCAAUUAGCUGCGAGCCCUAGCUGGACCUGAACCGUACAAACUUUAACGCCAUGAAUUUCAUGAACCUGGCCUCUGUCUCUGCACUGCACAUAUUCAAUUUUCUAUCGCUGAGACAUUGCCCAUUGAUCUCAUGAUCUUGGCUUUCAAGGCAAUCAAGGGACGCGCACGCACUAGUCAUUUUCACAAUAUCAAGGGUCUCUAAAAAGGCUUCCUACUUUUUGAUGAUAGAAUAAUAAUAUUGUGGGUAAGUUUUUCAAGGUAAAAAGGCAGGUAAGAGCAAGAAACGAGGAGGCAAAACUAUGCAAAAUAGUGGAUCUCUAGCACCAAGACAAUUCCUCGGUAGAAACUCUUUCUUUUUCUUGUUUCGUCCUCGGUACAAACAAUUAGCUAGGCACGCACUCGCUUUCCUUAUAAUAAUUUUUUAUUUCGUUCUAACCUUUUGUUUUGUUAAUAAAAGAAAAUCUCUCUUUUGGACUCUCUCUCUCUCUCUCUCUCUCUCUCUCUCUCUCUCUCUCUCUCUCCAUAUAUUUACGAGAAGGCUCCGAGUUGGUUCUCUUUAAUUCCUUGGUGGGGAUCUGUUUUCCGGGACCAAAAUAGAUUGAAAUGUGAGAGUCUGAGCAGAAGGAAGGGACAAAACGGAGGAGGCUGCCCAUAUCUUCAUUGCAUUUCUUACUUCUCUUUACCCAUACACGCACCUUCAUGUUGUGCAAUAUUAGAACCUCUUAAGUCUCCUGAAGUACCCGCAUUUAAUGCUUUUUUUAGCUUUCUCACUACAUAUAGACCGCUACCAUUUCUACUAGCAACCAGCCAACAUACAGUUUUCUUUAGAUUCUAUCUAUCAACCUUCCGAGCUUUUGAGACUACAUUUCCCUAAAAUGUCACUCCAUUCUUGCCUUCUUCUUUUCCUUCUAUGCCUUUCUUUGCACGCAUGUAAUGCCCGGCAUCUUCGUGCAGUUGACAACAAUCUGGAAAAGAAGAUCCACUUUUCCAACGAGAAUGAUGAGAAGAUGGGUUUUGAAUAUGAGAUUUCAGCUCUAUCAAAGGUGAAGUCUUCCCCGGCAAAACAACAUGGUGAGGCAAAAAGAGGUAGCAUAGCUGGAAACCCUUCAAAUGACAGUACUACUGAUCAAAAGCGAAAAGAGACAACUACAAACCAGAAAAUUCCUAGAGUGGAAGGAAAAACUCCAGUUUCUGUUCAAACUGAGUCUCUUGCAUCGGUUUCUUGGCGUGUGCCUUACAAGAAACCCAGUGAAAAAAAUCCUGGGUUCAACUUGGACUAUUCACCACCAAAGACACACCCUCCUUCUCACAACUGAGCAACACUUAGAGAAAAAAGGAAAAAUUCAGAAGCUCCCUAAUUAACUUCUUCUUGUUUUUCUCUUCUUGAAGCGUAUCUUUCUUUUUCUAUCAUCCGACCAGAGUCGGAGAACCAAGGUAUCACUGAAGAACUCGUUACGGUCUCGCUUAUCCUAGGCUCGAGUAUGUAGUCUUGCCAUGCAAGCACAUAUAAAUAUAGCACCUUAUAUAUGGCUGUAAAACAUAGGCUAGCUCUUAGAUUUCAUGUGUUAAACGCCUUUUUUAUCCCUUACUAAUGUACCUCAGAUAAUAACAAUAUCGGUGAGAAAUAUCUCUACUUGUUAUCAUUUUCUGAUCU